CCGUCUCCAGUCGUUUACGCACGUUCCGUUUCCGUUACGGGGCGUGAUCCAUACUAAAGAAUGGUAUGUCGCGUGCCCCUAGCGCGUGUUUUGCUAAACGAAUAGAUAGUGUUAUAUUUUUCAUGUUGUGUUACCUAAUUUGGUUGUAAUUUCACUGAAAAUGGAGACUUUUAACCAACUUGUGCUAGAAUAUCCCGAGCUAAUGUACGGUGGAGUCGGUGUUACAGCAUUUCUCACCGGUGGAGCGCUAAUAUACAAAAUUGCUACCAGAAAGAAGCCAAGCCAUGUGAAUGUGAACUGCUGGUUCUGCAAUGACAACACAGUGGUGCCUUAUGGGAACAGGAACUGCUGGGAUUGUCCCAACUGUGACCAGUAUAAUGGCUUCCAGGAGAAUGGAGAUUACAACAAAAUCAUUCCAGCUCAGUACAAGGCACAUCUAAACCAUGGAGUGUCUGCAAGUCUUCUCUCAUCUGAGACACCCAAGACACAGCAGUGGGUCAACUGCCAGAUGCUGCUAUGCAGGAGGUGUAAUAACAACCAGUCUAUUAAGAUCAAGCAGUUGGCCUCAUUUAUCCCAAGGGAUGAUGAGAACUACGAUGAGGAAAUUGAAGCCUACAAGCACCACCUGGAGCAGACCUAUAAGUUAUGCAGGCCAUGUCAGACAGCAGUGGAGUAUUACAUCAAAUAUCAAAAUCGGCAGCUACGUACGGUGCUCUUAAGUCAUCAGCUUCGACACUCCAGGGACAAGAGCUUUGUGAAGAGCUCCCAUUCUCCAUCUUCUCCUGUUGGGGUCAUACUGUUACGAGCCCUUGCCUUCCUGAUUUGUGCUUUCCUAAUUGGUACAUCUUUCUGUGAAUUACCAGAUCAGUCUGCUUUGCCUAGGGCCUCACACACAUUAAGUGGUGGUGUCACUCCUCUAAAGUCUAAACCCUACAAUGAAUCCACCCCCAAAAAUGAAAGCAGUGGAGAUGUGCCUGUGUGGCAGGGUCUGCUGGAGCUGCUCCCAGAAAAGGCCAUAGAAAAUGCCAAGCUGGUGUGGCAGCAUGGAAGGGACAACCAGCUGAGUGUAGUCUCUGUUGGCCUGCUGACUUGUCUCACUGCUAUCUUCUUAGCAGGACCUGUAAGGUUGAGGAGAAUUGAUGCUGUGGCCUCUGUCCUAUGGUUCCUCAUCUUGUGCCUCUACCUUGCUGAGAGCUACUUGACUGGUGGCUCAGGCUGGAUGGUUACAGCCAGGCACAGUGCCGUUUCCCUCUGCUGCCUAGUCAGCUUUGCUGCGGCAGUGGCAAUUCACAAACCACUGGGUCUACGAAGAGGCAGCUGUCGAAGAUACCUUGCAGGAAACUCUACAGUUCCCCUCUUCAGCAGCCAGCCUCCUUUGCUUUCUCCUACCCUGGCAGACUCUUUUGUCCCCACCCCACCCCCCAACCUCUCCAAGCUCAUCAAUCGCCAAAAGAGUCCUUGCAAGUGCAGCGAUUCCCCCUCCUCUCUGCCUGGGCGCCUCAGCAGAGCCCUCUGCCUUGGCACCAUCCCUUCCUUCAAAAGGACAGAUUCUGGUUAUCUGUUUAGUGGAAGCAAACCAGCUUCACAAUACAAAGACUCUCCGCCCUCAGACUAUUUUUCACUGAAGUCUGGGAGCCAUCAGUCAUCCCCAAGCCCCUCUCCAACCCCAUCAGUAGCUGGGUCAGUUACUUCCAGUUUAGGUUCUGCCAGACAACGCCGCCCCCUCAUCAGUCCUGCACGCCUCAACAUCUGUAGCCUGAAACUACAGCUUUUCUCAGCCGAGCGAGAACCGAAGCGCUCGGCCCCACUCGUGUCUUCAUUAUACUCCACCGUGGAUUCAUCGGCUCCCGUUUACAGUGGCUCCUUUUCACCUGAUGUAUCACCUUUCCAAAGCCAGAAUGAUUUGAGCUUGAGUGACAACAGUGUAAUUGAUAAGGAAGAGAUAAGUGAGAGAGGGAGCUCUUCAGGGUCCUCUGCAUGCCUGGUGGACACUACGACACAGGGGCCAGAGAACACUCCUCCUCCAAAAGGUUUCAUGAAGCAACUUAUCUUACCAGGGCUUUUAAUAGCGAGCCUGACUGCCAACCUGCUGUUCGCCUGCCUCUGUAUGUACUACUACUGGAGAUGAACUGCUAACAGGUCUGCUGCUGCAGAGUGAGCCAGCCUCUGUCCCUUGACAGCCCUGUCUUGUCUGUAGACCUGCACAUCCUUCAUAAAUGCCAGGAAACAUAUUUCUGGCAGUUGUUUAGAGGUGCUUAGUAAAACUACAGAUGUCAUUGAUUGGGUCUUCAACAGUGUACCAACAGCAAGUUAGGGGAAAAAAUGUUGGGUGAGAUCAAAUGCUGUUUAAAAAUAUUUUGCCUUUUGUGAUCUGGCCUCAUUUAUCUUUUGGUUUGUCACUGCUCCUUGUCACAUGGACACAGGUAUAUGUGUGACUCAAUCUAAACGCUCAGUUCUUGCCCUGAUACUUGAUGGGUUUUUACAACCCAUGCUGUGAAAUGUGCAAUAAACAUGUACUGUUUAGUUGAUGCUGCUUGGACACUAGAGGGUCGUGGCUUACCUACUUACCAUAAAUUCUCAUACAAAAGCCGGUGUCAAAAUAGUAGAGUCUCAGAUGGUAUCAGGGGAGUAGCAGCACAAGGAAAUAAAGGCAGUUGGUCGGUAAUAAAGGCCAAGCAAAAUAAACACUUUGAGGGGCUUGCCUCUGCAGCUCGCAUGGUGAAUUCAGUCUGAUUACCACACAUGCUACUGAGAACUGUUUCAAACUUAACAAACAAUGGUUUCAUAGUCUAAUUGUAGUCGUUUCUUCUUUGGUGUACUCCUGAUCAAUGUUAAACUACUGUUGUAAAACACUACACUUCCUGGUUUCUUCCCCACAUCCCGCACCCCCACAUUAUCAGCGUGGCAUGUCUCUUACUGUACUAAUGUGGAAAUGGACAUUAUACUGAACGUAUUAAGAUGAGGUAAAUAUUGAACAGGCUUUGAGAUUGGUCUGGUUCUCUCUGCCACUGAGGUGGUUUGAAACAAAAGCCCUGGCCACUAUUUGAGAGUUUCCGCUAUGCUUACCUCUCCCAAAUGAAUAACGUUUCUGGUACUCAGACAGGUAAACAGUGAAAGGCAGUAAGCAGCAUGGUGUGUUUGUGGUUUACUGGUAUGGUUCUACUUUUUUUUUUUUUUAAGUGUGUACAGAUUUUUAUUUUUGUAGUGUGAUAACUAAGGAGGAGUGUUGUGCCAAACUCUGUCCUGGUGUGCUAUUUUGUUACAGAGUUGACACUUGACAUUUUUGAUGUCCUGGCCAUUUAUUUAUAUCUUAUACCAAAGUGUCGCAUGUCAUUUACUACAGAAACAUUUCUCUUUCUUCAAACCGUUUUGUUUUGUGAUAUCUCUUAGUGUUAUCCUGUUUAUGGCUAUUAGUAAUGUGUAAAAUCCCCAAAGUCAAGUGCAAUAUAAAAAAAAGUUUUCAAUUUAUAAAGAGAGACCAUGACGUUUCCAUAAACAAGGCACAGAGUUUCAUGUAGGACUUAAAUGAGCUAUAAAAUAAUGUGUAAAGGACAUUUCUUACAACUUCAAAUGCUACAUGUUUGAAAUAUUUUUGCACUUGUUCUUUCCAGGUUUUGUGUUUGGUUUGGUUCAGUUGUAUUUUUAGUAUGUUAGAUGAAAUUUGUUGUACUUGAGAUGAAGAGCACAGAUGUUUGUGUGGAUGUUGAAUAUGUUGACGUGAAGUUGUCCAAUUGGAUGCCUGUAUAAACAGGUUACAGUUAGCUUGUGUGUUUGAAUGAGCAUGCAUUUUAUUUUUGAGAGGAAUGUUUUGUUCUCUGCUAAUUUGAAUCUGUGGAAAUUAACAAUAUUAUAAUGAAUAGUAAUGUUUUGUUUUAAGCUGCUGUAACCUUUGAUACAGACUUGUGCAUUUGUACUUGAUGUGCAACCUGGCAAAUGUUGAUUAUCUGAUGAACUCAUUAAUUGAAAAUUUUCAAUGUUUUCUUUCAGUCAUGCUGAAUUUUCCUGAAAAGAGAAACCUCAUUUUUCAUUUAAAAGAAACUUAUUUUUGAAAUUGUUUUUAUGGUGUAACUAAAGUUUAUUGUGGUUUUUUCCCCCACAUUAAAUUAUAUUAAAUCAAAAUUGUUAAUUUCAGACACUUUGACAAGAAGUGUGACUCUUUAAAAUAUGAAGGUGUGCCCUGUAAAAAUUUUACCUAUGGUUCUUACUCCACUACAUUGCAAUGCAAAUGUUUGUCUGCAAAAGCUUUUUUGUGUGUGACUGUAAGGAACAACAUUGACUUGUUGCAUCUGGACCAAUAUCUUUUGA